UCGUGAGCACGUUUUUUUAGACGACUUUUGAAGAUGUAUAUAAACCAAAUGUGGUGGGUUUGGAGGCAUCAGUAUCAGGGAUUCGCUCAUCGGAGCUGGUUCGGGACAAAAUGAAUUUGUUAAUAAUAGCCACGUUGGCUGCAGUCUGCAGUGCAGCCAAGCUCGACCGCACGUACCUCCCUCCUGCAUCAGCCAGGACCGCUGGUGGCAGUGAAGCGUCUCUGCAGACCCCUAACGCCUUCAGCCAGAAUGCAGCUCCUAAAGGAAGCUAUACCAAUGACUUCCAAGGAGUGGUAGUUGACGCUGCCCUUGCAGGAACCAGAGGUGCCUCAGGCUCCGAAGAAUCCGGACUUGGCGCUUCCCGCGACUCCUACGGAUCCACCGCCUCUAAAGUAGGCGAGGCUGCCUUCAGAGGUGCCCAGGCCGGCUUCAGAUUCCCUCAAGGCUUCGGUCCCAACUCCGCAUUCGCCCCUCAAAGACAAGAAACCGAUUUUGAAGCAAGGGAAUCUGAAGGUGUAGAACUUUCUGGAGAACCUCAGUUUGAAGAUUCAAGGCCAGAGCGUCCGCAGGCUGCUCAGGAACGCGCUGCCAACACUUUGAGGUUUGACAGCGAAGUUGGUGUUGAGAGCUUUAACUACGCCUUCGAAACUGAUAAUGGAAUAUCUGCUGAAGAGACUGGAACAGCAACCAACGGUGUCCAAGCCCAAGGCGGUUACUCCUACACCGGAGACGACGGGAAAGUCUACACGGUGACGUACACGGCCGACGAGGGCGGUUACCAACCUCGUGGUGACCAUUUGCCCACCCCACCACCCAUUCCUGAGGAGAUCCUCAAGUCUCUCGAGCAGAACGCGAGAGAUGAAGCCAACGGUGUAGUUGAUGAUGGCAUGUACGAUGCUCAGAAGUACAAUGCGGGCGGCGAUUACGCGGAAAGUGACAGCGCUAAUGGGAGGCAGAAUGGCGGCCCAUCAGCCGGUGCUGGGAACACCGACGUCGAUGCAAGCGGCUCGUUCAUUAAUCAGAAACAUCAGCCUUUCAACCCCAACAGACACGGUGACAAUGACAACACAGUGAACCAGUUCGCAAGUCAAAACAAUGCUAACAGAUUUGGUUCGAGGAACGAGUAUUUGCCUCCGUUCCAACAGACGCAAAACCAAAGGCAACAGAGUAACAGGGAUACUUCAGAUGCUGAUUCAUCCUCGACCUUCCAACACGAAUCAACUGAGGGUUCUGGAAAUGUACAAUCCCAAUCGCAACAGAACCGACCCACCUCUCAAUCUUUCGCCUCAAGACCCACUUCCAACCAAUUCAACAGCUUCAAACAGAGCACCAAUGGAAAUCAGGUCAACCAAAAUGGAAACCGAUCUCCUAUGAAUAGGCAACAGUUCGGAUCUGCGGCAAAUACUGGCUCUCAAGACGGACGUAAACAGUUUUCGGCCCAUGCUUCACCCACUUUCAACUCUCAACAUGCAACUUCUGUUCCUGAUACGGAACUGACUACGCCAUUUGAAACAAACCCUCAAGAUGCUCAGUCAGCUCAAUCUUCAGCGCCGUCUACCAACUCAUUAGGUUUCCAUAACCAGCCUAGUCAUAAUGGACAGUCGCACUUUGCGUCACAAAACUCACAUUUUGAGACUUCCCAGGCCCCUGCUCAACCGACCAUACCAUCUUUCCCUCAGUCUAAACCUCAAAACUCUAACAACCGUCCAGUAAGCGGCAACAGGAAUACUCAAUCAGGAUUCUCCACCCAAGCACCCCGUCAGCAGGAACAGUUCUCACAACAGUCUGCUUUUGGUGGUAAACGCCCUCAAUUUUCUCAAAACCAAUUCUCCCAAACCUCUGAUAGCCAAUUCUCCCCCAGUACUCCAAGACCUCAAUUCGCUCAACAGGCUACCGGUCAAGAUGAUUCUUAUUACUACAAUCAGCCUACUAGAACUUUUAAUGCGCCCCAGUCUCCCUCAAGGUUUUCAAACGCGCCGGCUAAUCAGUUUGAUAGAGUGACCCAACGCCCAUCAUCUUCCCAAACUCCCCAAGAAGAAGAAGAGAACUAUCCCUCAACAGCUAUCUCCUCUCAAAACGGCCAGCGUCAAGGACAAGCUCCAUUUAGACGUCCUUCCUUCCCCACUCAAUCAACACCAUCGGACAGCCAGUUCCAGAGUAACUCUAUUUCAUCAGCUACUAAUGGAAUCACUCAAGCAUCAGCUUCCCCGUUCCCCGCUCCCACGUCUGCUCCUAGUUCCAACGGUCAGCAUUCGAGCCACUCGAGACAACAGUUCCAACACUCAACCUUCCAAUCGAGCCGUCCUUCUUCACCUCAACCCAGCAAGCCUUCUUUCAGUGCCCAAUCCACAUCUCGAUCGCAGUCCAGCGGAGAUCUGUCAAGCCAAUUUGAAAAACAAAACUUUGAAUCAGCUAAGCCUUUGAGCCAGCAGCCACUGCAAGAAGUGAAAGAAAUCAAGCUCGAUGACGACACCAAACCAGAAGCACCUGUAACGAACCUUCAGUACAAUGGAGAAGUUUACGAAUAUACCAAACCAGCGGAGAUGCUGCCGCCUCCAGAAAAUGGCUUCGGACAGUUUGGAACUAAAAUACCAAGCGCUCAGAAACCGACUGAUUCUCAACCUCAAAUUGGACAGUCUGAUUCAGCUCAAGCUACUUCGCAGCGUCAGUUUGGACAGUCUACCAAUUCAGCUCAAGCUACCGCUCAAACUUUCGCUCCCCAAUCUACUCAGUUCACCCAAAGCGCUAAGACUCAACAAGGUAAUCAAUUUGGAUCUCGACCUCAAUUUGGACAGGCCACCGCUUCAGCUCAAGCAUCAUCUAAGCCAUUUGCGCCUCAACCUACUCAGUUCAGUCAAAGUGCUCAAGGCUCUCGCCAAUUUGGAUCCCGGCCUCAGUUUGGACAGUCUGUGACUUCGUCUCAACAGGCAUCUGAAUCUUUCGCUCCUCAACCUACUAAGUUCAGUCAAAGCGCCAAGACUUCCCAAGGCAGCCAAUCUGGAUCCCGACCUCAAUUCGGACAGUCUACCACUGCUUCCCAACAGGCUACAUCUGAGUCAUUUGCUCCUCAACCUACCCAAUUCAGUCAGAGUGCUAAAACCCAGCAAAACACUUUCGGAUCUCGUCCCCAAUUUGGUGCAUCAUCUCACUCUCAGUCCCAACAAUCCUCUUUCGGUUCAAAGCCUCAAUUUGGUCAAGCUACCCAAGGUGAUCAAUUUAGCGCUCAAACUCAGGAAUCCACUGAUGAGUUCGAUGCUAAACCAGCCCAGCAGUUCAACGCGCAAAGUCAAACUGAACAGCAUAGCAACCAAUUCCAGCGCAGACCAUCUCAAGGAAGCAUUGCUGCUGAGACUCCCAAGCCUUUCAGUCAGGGAAGCCCAUGCUGUAACGGAGCGUUCGGUCAGCAGCCAAGCUUCGGCAAGCCUAGUCAAGAUAGCUCGAUCGCUUCGUCUUUCCAGAGUUCCUCCUUCAAACCAGCUCAGACUUCGUCUGUCGCUGGUAAGGGAGAAGUUUUCGGAGGACCUAGAGCGCCACCUAGCUUUGACGAUACGGGAUACCAUUAUUAAGUUAGAAUAAGUGCCAUAGAACUAUACGCUCCAGUUUCAUGCCGUUCGGAUUUUUAAUUCAAAUGAUAAAGUAAGGAGAAUAUUAACUCAACGGCGUUGAAACUAAAACUGGAGUAUUAAUUGUGAUACAAUAGGAUGGAGGUCGAAUGUCAGUAAUGUAAAUGAGAUUAAGUUAUAUCGUAGAUAUAAUAUAGUGAUAGCCAUCCGCGCUUCUGCUGUAUAUUAUGAACCUGAAAUAUGCUCUCUAAUAAAUUAUUUCUGUAAA